ACAUGUGAAGUUUAAUAUGUGAAAUUUUGGGGGACUGUUCUGUUUCUAUUACAAUAGUUUUAACAGAAACAUCAUACUAAUGUUCCUGUAGUGAGACAGUAGUACAUGUGUAGUCGCUAUGAUUCACACUAUUAAUACAAAAGUAAAACCAUGGUAAAUUGCGUUGUUCAAGCUAACCACUUAUUCUUAAUUCCUCUUUCGUUUCAAAGAUUAGCACAACGGCAUUCUCGUCAAAUAUAAACGACUCGUCCGUUUGCGGAGGUGCACGUGCAGUCAGCGGAGGCUCGCAGAGCGGAGCUAGGCGAAUGUAUAUAUCCCGCUACUCUCUCCGAGAGCGCGAAUAAAGCUUUACAGCGUCCUUUCAGCCUGUUCCACGAGAGACGAGACGGAUGAACCGGAAACGAAAAUUUCCACAUAGCCUUUACACCGGAAGGGAAUCAAGAAAACACUCCCGUCCUGCCGAAGCUGUAGCGCUCAUAAACAAUGUUUAGUGCGAUUCAUCAAAUAGAGCCAGCCUUCUGAGAAACACAAGGAGACAUUGCGGAGAAAGGCGAGACUCGCUCCUCCGCUGUCCGCCACGAUUCCAGCCUUACUGGAAAGACCAAAGCUUUCAAGUGCGAUGGCCAGAGCCCUCCACAAGCACAUUAUGAAAGAGUGAGAGAGAAAAAGACAAGGCAGUCCAUUGAGUCACAAUAGAGCUGGAACUCUUUUAGGAGAACGUGGUAAACAGUUGUUCCAGACUCCUCUGAUGCCUAAGAAGAAGUGGAUAAAAUGAUGGAACAGAAAUUGAAAGAAGAGGAUGAAAGAAAACUAACUAAAGAAAUGGAGAAACGAAUGUCAUUGGAGGAGACCAAAGAACAGGUUCAAAAAAUGGAUGAAAAAUUGCUAAUUUUGAAAGAGGAGAAACGUCAACUCUUCUUACAGCUUAAAAAGGUCCUUCAUGAGGAGGAAAGACGGCGAAGAGAGGAGCAAAAUGAUAUUACAACACUGUCAUCAACAAACUACCAGCCCAGCAUACCUCUACACUCAGGACAGCAUCUACUCAGUAUACAUGGCAGUCCAUUGAGUCACAAUAGAGCUGGAACUCUUUUAGGAGAACGUGGUAAACAGUUGUUCCAGACUCCUCUGAUGCCUGGCUACCCCUUCCACAGCCAGCCAGGUUUUCCUCCUGGUUCCUCAGAGCAUAGCCAGUUCUCUGGAAGCACUGCGGUCCAUGAGCCAUAUGCAGUUACUCAGGCCCCGCACCAUUCCUCUUACGGGGCUGCUGCUUCUGUGCCCAUCAGCUUUGCAGGCAGCACCCAGAUCAGAGGGGCAUCACCUUUUCAGAGCAUGCCAUUCCUGCCCCAUCAAGCUCCGGGCCAUGCUGUCUUAAGCCAUUUCUCCUCCCAGCCAGGUUCGGAUGGAACGAAGCAAAGGUCCGGAUCCUGCCCGCGGUCCGCCAAUUGAGGAUGACUGAGCUACAAGAACACUUUGGUGGCUCCAUUUACAAGUUCCCCUCAGUCAGCGUCACGGCACGUGUUUCUCCCUCACGCUCAGCCUGGACAGAGAUUCUAUCAUCAUGGAAAACCACAUUAACUGCUUAAAAGCCUGAUCAUAACAAGGUGGCAUGUUACACACAGCUUAUUUCUGAGGCUAUCACUUCAUAAGAAUUGGCUUUCGCAUUAAUAAGUAAUUAAUGUCUCAUGCAAAAGACAAUUGUGGACAUUAAACAAUAAAAAAUCGUUUACAGGUUCCCAAUCUAAAUAUUCAUUUGUUUGGCAGAUGGGAAUGCUUCUUGAUGAUGUGUAUCUGAAAGUGUUUUAAAAGUAUGUAUUUUAAGCUAUUGAGCAACUACAGAAAUGUACAGUUUGCUGUUGUUGGCUUUGUGAUUUUUAACAGAUUAAAUAUGUUCUUUUAUGUCACACGUUUUAAUUAAGUUAGAUUUUUGCUGGAAGAAAAUACUGACAAGAUCUUAGUAACAACAAAAUGUUUGACAAGAACAGGCUAUAUCUGCGAGUUUUGCUUUGUUCGUAUGCAAUUUAGUACAUCAGAAAGAUAUAAAAUUAAGAUUUUUUUUAAACAGUUAUACAUUGUUUUUAGUUGUCUUUGAAUGUAUUAUUUUCUUGGUGUCUGCCAGAAAGAGCCCAAAACCCAUCACAAACUGAAACAAAGUCGUGAUUUAUAUGUGCUCUUUUUAAUAUUGAGUUGGGUUGCCUUGCUAGAAUACAAAAAAUAUUAAAUAUUUAAAAAAUAUUGUGUAGACUCAACAAAAAAAAAGUUUGCAUCAAUAUUUUUGAGUUGUGACAACAAAAUUAAGUUCAUCCAACAAACUACAUUGGGUCAGACAGAUUACUUAUAUUAUAAAUUAAGUUAUCCAGCCAAUUACUUUGAGUUACUGCAACUUAAAUAUUGUCGUAAACACAGGUUUUUAGGUUAAUAUUACACACAAUAUUAAGCUGAAGUAAUUAUCAACAUUAUUAAGUCAGCACAACUCAUCAAAAUAGAGUUUCACACGUAAAAGUUUUAAUUAUACCCAAAAUUUCGAUUUUUGACUUGAACCAAUUCAUUAAAUUAAGUUGUGCCAAAAUAUGCUGUGAAUUAUUUUUUAGAGUGUUGGAAUGAACAGAACCGCAACAUUACUCACACUGCUGUCAAGUCAAGAGUAAUGUGCAUGACAGUCAAAUCUAUAACAAUGAAUUGAUUAGGACACAGAAGGGAUGAUUACCAUUCUUUCAAAAUUUCAGCCAGCCCCCAAAUUUAAAGACAGAAGUCUAGUGUUCAUUUGUCUUUCAACCUUGAUCGCCAAGCAUCAAUCAAGUCACCGUAGGCCACUUCAGGCCAGGGCAUUAUAGGCAAAAUUGUGUUCUUUUAAUUUAGCAAGAGCUCUAAGGCUUAUGGCACCUUCUUCAAUCUCUCACAAUAUAUCUGGAAAGCAAAUACUUUUGAAAUGUUAAUAAAAUGAUGACUUCCCCGUAAUAA